AUGGCGGUUUCUUCUCUCUCUACAACCUUUGUUCCUUCUCUUUCUCUCUCCUCCAAACCAAACGUCCAAUCUCCAUGCUUUCUCUCCGGUAACACUUUCAGGCUUCCGAACCCCAAACCUCUUCAUUCAUCAACCGUGGUUUAUGCUGCUCCGGAAGUGUUGAAUUCCGCUGAAACCAAAGAUGUUGAGUCUGGCUCUCAGGUUGAUGACUUGGAAACUCCAAGCACUUCGAAAAUUAGCAUUGGAGCUGAUGCAGACAUGAUGGCACCAAAGCUAAGAAUCAGAAUCAAGCUUAGAUCUUACUUUGUGCCCUUGAUAGAGGAUUCUUGCAAGCAGAUAUUGGAUGCAGCAAGAACUACCAAUGCAAAAACAAUGGGUCCUGUUCCUUUACCAACCAAGAAGCUAGUUUUUUGUACUCUUAGGUCUCCACACGUACACAAAGAUGCUCGGUUCCAUUUCGAGAUCAGAACUCAUCAGCGUCUCAUUGAUAUUCUCUUUCCUACUGCUCAGACAAUAGAUUCUCUUAUGCAACUGGAUCUUCCUGCUGGUGUUGAUGUCGAGGUCAAGCUUUAG